GGCGCAUUCCCUUCCUCCACUACAGUCAACGUGUAAAACUGAAUAUUUACCGGCCACAAUGGACUUCAUUCAGCGCCUUGAUCCAUCCAAACUUGUUCAAGCUGGGACGUGGCUGUCGUUCAUCACCGCCUUGUUUACUUCACCUUCCUAUAAUCUUCCCAUCUUUCUCUUUGGUUCUUAUGCUCAGGAGAACAACGAGGCAUCCCAAUCACUACAAACCUUCACCGCCCUACUCGGGGGCUCUUGUGUCAUCGAUAUUGUGUGGAUGAUCAUAAACAGUUCCAAGCAAGGAAGGUUUUCUAGAUUCUUGACCAUCCUUCUUUUGCUUCUGAAAAUCCCCACUUUCCUGGCUUUCGGACUAUCUCUCCGCCAAAGAGGCGCUCAGUUUGGUGGUUUGGGAAUCAGAGGAAAUGAUUUGAGCGGCCCAACUGUUUGGUCUAUGCCUGGAGGGUUUACAUCCACCGGCCGUGAUGGCUACCAGGCGAUGGAUGAAGAAAGUCACGUCGAAUCUAAUAGACCUCCUCCGCUUCCAGUGAACUCGACGACAGUCCCUCCUCCAACUACAAAUAUGGGUGGGCCUGGAGCAUACCAAACCUUGUAA